GUGGUCAAGAAGAGAGUAUUACAGGGAAAAUGACCAAAGACAGGACAUCAUCAUAAUCUCCAAAAACAGUCAUUUUUAAAUCAGAACACAAACUUGAAAUAAUUUUCAAAAAAUUAAAAAAAGAAUAAUAAUAAUAAAAAAAAAAGUUGAAUUGCUUUUGAUUGAAAAAGAAAAAAGAGCAGAAGAAACCUUGAUUACCGUCAUCCCCACUCCUUCCCCAAAUCCAUAAUUCACCUCAAUUUUCAUGAUUCUUUUUUUUUUACUGAAUAUUCCAUUAACGAACCCAAUAAAGCUUUCAUUUUUGUAACGAAGAAAACAAUCUUUUUCCAUUUCCAUUUUGAUAUUUUUGUCUGGUCCCCUUUUGGUAACCUGACGGAUUUGAGCUAGGGUUUUGGGUUCUGUUUUGAUUGGGUGCUCUUUUUUUUUUUAAUUAUUUAUUUUUCGCUUUUUGGGUUCCUCUUGGGGUUUGAUUUGGAAUUCGAUUAGAUUGUCUUAGCUUGAGUUUUGGGAAGACGAUGAGGUUGUGAUUUCUUGAGCAGAGUGGGGGAAUUUGAGGGUGGGGAUUCGGUACAAUGCGGUUAUUUUCUUCGAGCUCAGGCUCGAGCUCGGCCAAUGGUAAAGCUAAUCGAGCUUUGUUGUACCUCAAUAUUUAUGAUCUAACCCCUGUAAAUAACUACCUUUACUGGUUUGGGCUCGGGAUCUACCAUUCGGGCAUCGAAGCACAUGGUAUGGAGUUCGGCUUUGGAGCCCAUGAGUACCCUUCUAGUGGGGUGUUUGAGGUUGAACCCAAAAGUUGUCCUGGAUUUAUUUUUAGACGUUCAGUGUUGUUGGGCAGCAUUGAUAUGUCUGCUUCAGAAUUUCGAUCAUUUAUGGAACACCUUUCAGGAGAAUACCAUGGGGACACUUAUCAUUUAAUUGCCAAAAAUUGCAAUCAUUUUACUAGUGAGGUUUGCAUGCGGCUUACUGGAAAGCCUAUUCCUGGAUGGGUAAAUCGGCUUGCCCGAGCAGGUUCUUUUUGUAAUUGUCUUCUGCCAGAAAGCAUUCAGAUUAAUGCAGUAAGACAUCUUCCUGAUCAUCCAACUUAUUCAGACGAUGAUAAUGAUGAAUCGGUAUCUCUUCCAUCAUCUGGCACGGCUGACAGUGAUGAGCAGGCAGAUCAUCAGCUGCUGUCUGCGCCCAAUGGCGAAGUGGCAUUCUUAAUGGAAAAACCAGUGAGGUUAGCCAGGGAACUACUCUGAUUUCAUCACAAAUUCUUAAAUACAUUGGUCAUUCCUUGUUGUUUUAUGUAUUUAUAUGAUCUGAACGAGUAGAGGAAAAUGUCUCAAUUAAGCUGUUUGAGAUUAUACAGUAUAAUGUUGGUAUAAUAGCAAUAUUGCUCCAGAUUUGUAUGCCACCUUGUCUCUAGAGUGUGAUAAGUCAAAUUUGACUAUGUUUGAUUGCUUUUUACAAGUGUUAAGAAGAUAUACAAUGCUUUGGAAGGUUUUUACUAAUCUUUGCAAAGAUAAAAUAGUAAAUUACUUCAUUCCUUUUAUUUAAA